CCGGCGCUAGCCCGGCGCGGCCGGCGCAGCCAGCAGUACUGCACUAUGCGCAUAUCGACGCAGGAUCCGGGCAGAAUCAGCAGCUGGAGGAGCUGAGCUAGAUUCGAUAAAUUUUGAUGGUUUCUUGCAUUUUGAGAUCCCGGCUUGAGAUCUGGAAUAGUAAUAUUUAGCAAGAUGUCUAACAUGAAGACAAUGAACCCCGAGCUAAAGCAGUUCUUGAGGAGGAACAAGGUGCCUGAUGUCUAUGAGGCUCUCUUAACUGGUCUAGCUGUGGUAUGUCCAGAGGAUCCAUAUCAGUACCUGAUUGAAAAUCUUUCAGAGCUGCUUAGACAGCGAGAAGAAGAUGUCCAUGGACUAGAAUCUCUCAAGUGGGAUUCCCUUGUGCCUGAUGAAUUGAAGCCAAAGAAGAAAAUAUUUGGAGCAGCUUACCUUGAUAAUAUAUAUCUAUUGGAUGAAGAGAACCUACAUCCGUGGGAAUGGAUGCCACACCCUGAGUUAUAUCAGAAGGCUUACCAGUGUUAUAACAAUAGGUUGGUCACCAUGACAUUCAACGCCUGGUUCAAGUACCAUCUCCGAAAGAAGGCAAAGCGUGAAUGGCUGGCUCGAAGGAUGAAGGAAGCUGCUGAUUACUAUUUCUUGAGAAAGCAGCGGGUUCACUUCAAGAUCUGGUCUGACUGGCAUCACUUUAGAAUGCAGAGACAAGAGAAGGCCUUCAAUAUCAUCCAGCAUGCAUACAAUGUUUCUUUGUCUAGACUUGUGUUUGAAGCCUGGCACAAUGUCAUGCAGGAAUCCAGACGGACUAAAGAAUAUUUUGAGAGGUUAGAGAGGGGUGAAUUGGAUGGAGAAGAGGACACACUGGGUCCUAGAGGAGAAGCUAGAGAUGACAUCUCACUAUUGCCAAGAAGAGUAGCCAUCAAGAUCUUUGGCUACCUUGAUCUUGUUGACAUCAGUAGAUGUUCUCGGGUUUGUCGUUCGUGGAAGAUGAUCACAAGUAAUACCUCUCUAUGGAGUUGGGUGAGUCUAAUAGAUAUUUUUAGUACACUCAUUGGGUGAUUUCAAGUUCGGUGUUCAGUGUUGGUGUUGG